AGUAAAUGCUUUGGACAGACUGAGGCCAGGGGUGUUAACAUAACACAGCAUCUUCAUGUGGUGCUGUGCAACUCAGGGGUAUGCCGAAAACUCAGAACAUUUCAAACAUAUUCUAAACUGUAAAUAAUUUGGUCCCUAGCAGAUGCGUGAAUGUAUGCAGUGCAUGUUUUACUUUGUUUCUUAAGGAUAAAUAGGUCAGGAAAAUGAGCAUGAAGUGUCUGCAAAAAAGACAUGUCAUGUUGUGUCUGCUUCUUCAACUCACUUUCCCGUCUGUUACUGCUGAUCUUCAACAAGGAGCAGAAGUUUGCACAAAUCAUAUGAUUUUGCCUGGGCCAAAAGGUGAUCCUGGUGAAAAAGGAAAUAAUGGUGAAAGUGGAAAAAUAGGAAAAGAAGGCCCAAAGGGGUUGAAAGGAGAUACAGGAGAAUCAGGUGAACAAGGUGAAAUGGGCAGAAUGGGAAAAACAGGUCCAUUUGGAGCAAAUGGUGACAAAGGAAUUAAUGGCUUACCUGGUCUGCCUGGAACAAGGGGAAAACCAGGGACUACAUGUGACUGUGGAAGAUAUCGUGAACAUGUUGGGCAGUUGGAUAUUACUAUCAGUCAGCUGAAGUCUUCUGUGAAGUUUGCAAAAAAUGUGAUUGCAGGUAUUAAGGAAACUGAUGAAAAGUAUUAUUUGCUUGUCAAAGAAGAAAAGAACUACAGAGAUGCAUUGAAACACUGCAAGGACAGAAAUGGCACAUUAGUAAUGCCCAAGGAUGCAAAAACAAAUUCAUUAAUCGCCACAUACAUUAGUGAGGCUGGUCUGACUCGAGUUUAUAUUGGCAUAAAUGAUGUGGAGAAAGAAGGUCACUUUAUGUUCACCGAUAACAGCCCACUACAGAACUACAGCAGCUGGAGAGCAGGAGAGCCGAACAAUGCCUAUGGAGGGGAGGAUUGUGUAGAGAUGGUCAAUACUGGUGGCUGGAAUGAUGUUGAAUGCAGGCCUACCAUAUAUUUUGUCUGUGAGUUUAUCAAGAAGAGGAAAUAUGUACUCCAAAUUUUUAAUGACAACCAGUAUUAGCUUUCUAUAUACUAUAAGACUACAAUAUACUAUAAGACAAGCAGUGCCUUUAGGAAAAAUGUAAACAAAAGUAUAGUAGAGCAAGAUUCUUAACUACUGCAUGUUGUCUGGUCAUUGUAGUUUCUUGUCUUUUGUCUUGUUUUAGUAGAUUGCAGUACAUCACAUAUGCCAUUCUAAAUUCUGGAGCACACAAUAUCACAAGUAACAGAAGAGCUUCUGUACACUCUUAGAGUUUAGCAGUAGAUUAUACUUGCAGGGAUAGCUGAUCAGUGGCUAGAGACUUUUACAUGAAUAAUUACUUUGGAAAUGCAUGUAUGAUUUUACAACAAGAGCAAAAAUGGUUACAUGGUUUUAUGAUAUGCCACAUGGUUCUACACUGCAUUUUUGUAACUGAUUAUAUAUAAUAUAUUUGCUUAGUAGAAGUGCACAGUCACUUAGAAAUGCCAAGGUAUAUCUCUCAUUGUAUGAAUGUCAGCAUAACAGAUUGAUAUAUCACUACAAAUAUAAUAACAUUUUUUGGCAACUUAACUGCUGUUAAAUGACAUGUCAUAUUUUUGCUUUAAUUUCUGCAAUAAAUGGAUGUAUUGUUGGUGGAGUCCAACAGAUAGAG